AUGACAUCAAGAGGCUGCAGUCAUUCUCCAGAUGCAUUCUGCUACAUAUGUGGUCAAUUCAUCAAGACAAGAGCAAAGAAGUUCUCAGUGACAGCAUCUGAAAAAAUCUGUGAAGCUUACAAAGCUUAUUUUGCUGUGCCAAUUUGGGACCAAGACAAGACCUGGGCGCCUCGUUUUGCUUAUGAAUGGAGACUCGUCAUUGACAACUCCUCCAAAAGCCUGGAAGCUGUACUUCUGCACAGUGGAAACAAGUAUCCAUCUCUGCCUCUUGCUCAUUCUGUGCAUCUUAAGGAGGACUGCAGCAGUGUAGAGCUUCUACUGGAAACUUUGAACUACAACAAGAAUGGCUGGGAAGUUAUUGGAGACUUCAAGAUGGUGGCUUUCUUGAUGGGACUGCAAGGAGCUCUUGACAAGGAGUCUGCUGCCUUCAUAUAUCUUCAAGACUUCUUUCCUAAGCUUUCAGAGGCAAAGGUGAAAGCUGGUAUCUUCACUGGACCACAAAUGAGUAAAAUUAUGGACCUCACAGCCUCACAGCCUCACAGCCUCACAGUCUCACAGUCUCACACCCUCACAGCCUCACAGCCCCACACCCUCACAGCCUCACAGCCCCACAGCCUCACACCCUCAUACCUCACAGCCUCACAGUCUCACAGCCCCACAGCCUCACAGCCUCACAGCCCAACAGCCUCACAGCCCCACAGCCUCACAGCCUCACAGCCUCACACCCUCACAGUCUCACACCCUCACAGUCUCACAGCCUCACAGCCUCACAGUCUCACAGCCUCACAGCCCCACAGCCUCACAGCCUCACAGCCUCACACCCUCAUACCUCACAGCCUCACAGCCUCACAGUCUCACAGUCUCACAGCCCCACAGCCUCACAGCCUCACAGCCUCACAGCCUCACAGUCUCACAGCCUCACAGUCUCACACCCUCACACCCUUACAGCCUCACACCCUCACAGCCUCACAGCCUCACAGCCUCACAGCCUCACAGUCUCACAGCCUCACAGCCUCACAGUCUCACAGCCUCACAGCCUCACAGUCUCACAGCCUCACACCCUUACAGCCUCACACCCUCACAGCCUCACAGCCUCACAGCCUCACAGUCUCACAGCCCCACAGCCUCACAGCCUCACAGCCUCACACCCUCACAGCCUCACAGCCUCACAGCCCCACAGUCUCACACCCUCACAGUCUCACAGUCUCACAGCCUCACAGUCUCACAGCCUCACAGCCUCACAGCCUCACACCCUCACAGCCUCACAGCCUCACAGCCUCACACCCUCACAGCCUCACAGUCUCACAGCCUCACACCCUCACAGCCUCACAGCCUCACACCCUUACAGCCUCACACCCUCACAGCCUCACAGCCCCACAGCCUCACAGCCUCACAGUCUCACAGCCUCACACCCUCACAGCCUCACAGUCUCACACCCUCACACCCUCACAGCCCCACAGUCUCACACCUCACAGUCUCACACCCUCACACCCUCACAGCCCCACAGUCUCACACCCUCACACCCUCACAGCCCCACAGUCUCACACCCUCACACCCUCACAGCCCCACAGUCUCACAGCCUCACACCCUCACAGCCUCACAAAUGAAGAAUAA